AUGCCAUUAGUUCUUUUUACAGGAUACCCGUGUAGCGGUAAAACAACGCUCGCCAAGCAUCUAGUGCAACUAAUACAGGCCAAAAUUGAUGCAACCCCGUCAUUAAGUAAAUAUUCCAUAACAUAUCACUCAGAUGAAUCUCUUGGCAUAAAACAUUCAGACUAUAUCACCUCUCAAGACGAGAGAAAAUUGAGAUCGGAGAUAAUUUCCGCGGUGAAGAGGGACUUAUCUAAGAAUAAGAUUGUCGUUGUAGAUUCUUUGAACUAUAUUAAGGGUUUCCGGUAUCAACUCCACUGCGAAGUGAAAAAUUUGUCUACGACAUUUUGUGUAAUUCAAACGUUGUGUCCGCCUGAGACCAUUUUCGAGUGGAAUAAGACUUUGAACGCAAAUCCUUGGGAACCUGAAUUGCUGAACCAGUUAAUUCAAAGGUACGAAGAACCUAACUCAAACAAUCGUUGGGACUCUCCACUGUUUGCUGUCCUUGUUGCUCAGGACAAUAUAACCGACUAUAUUGAUGAUAUUUGCAAAGUGGUUUUCCAAACUUCUAAAUCUGCAAAAAAUAGUGGACACAAUGAUCCAUUGAGUAGAGGUUUACAGAAACCCAAUUCAGCGACGGUAUUAAAACCUGCAUCACAAUCCAACUUUAUUCAGAUUCUCGAUGUGGAAACUACCAAGAUAAUAAAGAUCAUAAUGAACCACAUCAAGAGUCUGACUUCUAUUGGCGGGGUAAGCAAUGGAACAAGAGUCAUUGUUUCUGAAGGCAUUACCGAUAUCAAUGAUGAUGGUUGCUUUUUCGUGGACCUACCCAUUGGUAAUAUCGUCACUUUGGCGCAACUGCAAAGAUUGAAAAGACAAUUUAUCAACUUCAACAAACUAAGAGAUAUUGAUCAAGGCAGGAUCGGCGCCCUUUUCGCUGAUUAUCUCAAUAAAAAUUUGAAUUGA